UUUUCCACGAAGGAGCCUUCCACUUUUUAAUGAAUAUGAAGAUUCUUACUGUGACUCUGUUUUCAACUUUAGCGAUCCUUUUGAAUUCUAUUGAAAGUUCACAGGCUUGGCUUGGAAGGGGAAGAGCGUCAAAAAUAGAUGUGGAGCCUACAGUCGGUCUCCAUUUUCAUUCAUACGUAGAUACAUCUAAUAAAAUCAUUCCAGUAACUCCAGGAACGAAAGUUACUUUAGGAGUAAGAAAUCUGGUUGGAACAGACUUCAUCGUUGGAAUAGUCAAAGAUAGAGUAAUUUGUCCAAUAAUGGAUGCUGAAGGGAAACAGUUUAUAAUAAACAUGCGUGAACACCGCAAAUUUGUAUUAACUUCUGCUCGUGGUAUUCCUUACGGACACAAGCCUGAGCAUACUAUUGACGCCAUAAUUAAUUAUCCUCCAGCAAUUGAUCACUAUUAAUAAAAAAUUGUUAAUUAAGCAAUAUAUUUGGAACAAAUGUGUAUUGGAUUGUGGUUUUCAAUACCAGAACAAAAAACGACUAUACUAGUGAAUCAAACAUAUAAUUAAACUGCUCGAUUAUUUGGGCUAUAAUUCAAAAGAUUCUGGUUGUUAAUGUAAAAUGGUUGUU